AUUAUGAGAAGAAGAUGGUAGAGCGACAAUUACUCUUAUACGUAAUAUUUAUGAUUUGGAAGCUUACUCAGGAGCACUAUGUACCGCCACCAAAUCACUGCAUAAUGGCUAUGACGUGCAACCACAGUGGUAUACCUUUAUGUGGCUUUGACAAGAACAAAAACUGCAACAGAAUGUUUUUGGAUGAGUGCGAUUUAUACGAAUAUAAUUGCGACAGCAAAGCAGCAAAAGACGUGGCUACUACUACUACUGAAUCAAUGACUGAGCAAAUUACUGACAAAGUAGAUGUUAAACCAGAAGAUUGCGACUUUCCCAGCUACUGUGACAGGCCUAAGACAUGGUUAACCACUUCCAAGGGAGAAACGAGGGAUUUCUACAGAAUAAUUAAAGAUAAUGAAGGAAAAUAACAUUUGAAACGAGAAAAUGAUGACAGCCUCAAUCAAUAAUAAGUUUCCUAUU